AUGGGGUCUAUGCCUAUGCAGAAACAGGCCAGCCUGGAUGUUGAAGACGUUCUUUCCAAGCUCAACAUUGACGAGAAAAUCUCCUUACUGUCCGGUAUCGACUUUUGGCACACGGCUCCGGUUCACAGACUCGCUAUCCCAUCCAUACGGUUGUCUGAUGGGCCCAAUGGUGUCCGAGGAACUCGCUUCUUCAAUGGUGUCCCGGCUGCCUGCCUUCCUUGUGGAACGGCUCUCGCGGCAACCUGGGAUACCGACCUCAUCAAGAGAGGAGGUACCUUGCAAGGAACUGAAGCCAUUGCCAAAGGUGCUUCGGUAAUUCUAGGGCCCACCACGAACAUGCAAAGAUCCCCUCUGGGUGGUCGCGGAUUCGAGAGCUUCAGCGAGGACCCGUAUCUCGCCGGGGCUAUGAGCGCAGCCACCAUUAAUGGCAUCCAGUCCACCGGCGUUGGCGCCACUAUCAAGCAUUACGUCUGCAAUGAUCAGGAGGAUCAGAGACAAUCAGUCGACAGCAUCCUGACGGAACGAGCACUACGCGAAAUUUACCUCAUGCCGUUCAUGAUUGCCCAGCGAGAUUCCAGACCUUGGUGCUUCAUGACCUCUUACAAUAAAGUCAAUGGAACGCAUGCCAGCGAGGAUCCCAGGCUUAUCAGGGAUAUCCUUCGUGGCGAAUGGGGCUUUGAUGGUCUGGUAAUGAGCGACUGGUUCGGUACUUACUCGACGAGCGAGUCGAUCAAAGCAGGCCUGGACCUGGAAAUGCCUGGCCCUUCGUACAUCCGCGGCAAACUUGUCGGCAUGGCCCUAGGAUGUGGUAAGCUAGGCGAACAUGAGGUAGAUGACAGAGCCAGGGAAGUUCUUAAGCUCGUCAAGAAAGCCGAGCCCCUUGGUAUUCCGGAGAACGCCCCCGAAGGCACCGUUGACACCCCCGAGACCUCGGCUCUGCUUCGAGAGUUGUCGUCCAGUGGUAUCGUCUUGAUGAAGAAUGAUGGCAGCAUCCUGCCGUUCAGCAAGGAGAAGACGACUGCCGUGAUUGGGCCCAACGCCGCGUAUGCUGCCUACUGUGGCGGCGGUUCUGCCUCACUUUUACCGUACUAUGCCGUGAGUCCACUGGAUGGUAUUCGGGCUCAGGUUCCGCACGCCAAAUACGCCCUCGGGGCUCCUGGAUGGAAGGCUCUUCCACUCAUGUCUCGCUUGACGAAGACAUCAGACAACAAGAACGGGUUGACCAUGAAGGUCUUUUUGGAUCCCCCUUCCGUGGGCGAUCGAAAGCCCAUCGAUGAGAUCCACGUGCCCUACUCUGAUAUCGCACUUAUUGACUACAAACAUCCGCUCAUCAAGACCAAUCUCUACUGGCUUGAGCUGGAUGGAAGUUUCACCCCUGAGGAGUCGAGCGAGUACGACUUCAGCCUCUCCUGUGCAGGAACCGCCAAGGUUUUUGUCAAUGGCGAAUGCGUGGUCGACAAUGAGACGCAUCAACGACCGGGUAACUCUUUCUUCGGUGCCGGCACUGCGGAGGAGCGUGGAACUCUGAAAUUGGACAAAGGUGUCACUUAUGAUAUCAAGGUCACCUUUGGCACUUUCCCAACCAUGAAAUUUACAACCCCGGGCGUCACUAGCUUUGGGGGCGGUGGACUCACAAUUGGACUUGAGCGCAAAGUAUCGAUCGAGACGGAGAUCGAGAGAGCUGUCAAGCUUGCCAAAGAGGUGGAUCAAGUCGUCCUCUGCGCCGGUCUUAACAAGGACUGGGAGUCGGAAGGAUACGAUCGUGGCCACAUGGAUCUUCCACCCGGAAGCGAUGCCUUGAUCAAAGCUGUUCUCGCAGCCAACCCAAACACCGCUAUCGUCAUCCAAUCUGGAACUCCUGUCACUAUGCCCUGGGCCAAAGAAGCACCCGCCGUACUACAAGCAUGGUAUGGCGGCAACGAAACCGGAAAUGCCAUUGCAGAUGUCGUCUUCGGUGAUGCGAACCCGAGCGGAAAAUUACCGUUGAGUUUUCCUGUCAGGAAUGAGGACAAUCCGGCGUUUUUGAACUACAGGUCAGAGCGGAAUCGGGCCCUUUAUGGAGAAGACGUGUAUAUCGGGUAUCGGUUCUAUGAAAAGACUAACAAAGAGGUUACCUUCCCUUUCGGCCAUGGCCUUAGUUACACUUCUUUCGACAUCAAAGACCUUUCGGUCACCGACAAGGGUAACGACAUCGUGGUAUCUGCGACGGUGUCAAACACUGGCAAUGUCGAUGGCGCGCAGGUCGUUCAAGUCUACGUCUCGCAACACCAUCCAAGCAUCAAUCGGCCCAAGAAGGAAUUGAAGGGUUUCUCCAAAGUGUUUGUCAAAGCUGGCAGCACGGAGAAGGUCGAGAUGGUCAUUUCCAAGAAGUACGCUGCCAGUUUCUGGGACGAGGCCAGGGAUUCUUGGAUCAUGGAGAAGGACGUUUACGAUGUCUUGGUUGGUAAUUCGAGUGCUUCGACGCCGUUGAAGGCCAAGUUCCACGUGCAAACGACUUCAUGGUGGAAAGGGUUGUGA